GUGAACACUGAAGUGAACACGCGUUGCAUUGUUUAGUAGGCCUCAUGAAAUCCCUACUGCCAAGUGUAGCUCACAAGAUAGGGAGUGCAAUCAAGAGUAUAGCAGAGAACAAAAGCUCGAGCUGGUGGUACACCCCUCACGCCGCCGCCGCGGCCCAUGCCAUUGCAGAGAGGUUACCGCUAGUCGAUUUCGUUCUUGAAGUCCGGGAUGCUAGGGUAUGUAUUAUAGGCUACGAGCUUCCCUUUGUUUUCCGGGAUUACUGUCAAGUGCUCGAUGAAAUGUUUGAAUGAACUGACAUGAUCCCUUUGUCAUCAGAAUUCAAACUACUGAAAAAGCAUUCAACGUCCACCAGGCGAAUUAUAGUUUUGAACAAAACAGAUCUUGCAAGUCCCUCCCAGGUGAAGCAAUGGAUGGAUUAUUUUGAAGGACAGGAUGAUAUAGCAUUUCGAGUCAAUUCUCAUAAUAGAGAUAAUAUAAAGGAGUUCUUGACAUUUCUGCAAGCUAGAGUAAGAGAACUAAUAAAUACCGGUUAUUCUCGACAUACUACAACACUAAUGCUUGUGGGUAUUCCUAAUGUUGGGAAAUCUGCACUUGCGAACUCAUUGCAUCUGAUUGGGCGAAUUAAUGCCGCAGAGAAGGGAAGACUAAAACAUGCUGCGGUAACUCCUCAGCCUGGAGAGACUAAAAACAUUAGCAGUUUUAAGAUUGCUAGCCAUCCUAAUAUUUAUGUGCUGGACACACCUGGUAUUUUGCCACCUAAUAUCCCGGAUGCUGAGCUCUGCUGCAAACUAGCUCUUACAGGUGCAAUCCAAGACUGUUUAGAUGGUGAAGUAGAGCUUGCUCAGUAUUUUUUAGCAAUCCUUACCACGAGUGAUGAAUUCAAGAAAUGGGCAAAAUUGGGUGGCAUUGAGAAAGACAUGUUAGUUGUAACUGCUACUGAUGACGAACUUGACUUGGAGAAAACACAGAAAAUGAAGCAUCGUGUGACAGAUCACACGCAGGAUUUUAUUGUGAACAAUGUUAGGAAAACGCUUUAUCAUUGCAUUUCGUCAUUCAGUGGAAACCUAGAUGAAGAAAACAGCUUAUUACAUCUCAUCGAAGUUGAGUAUGCAAAUCUGGCGGAAGCUUUCCAUUUGUCCUCAGAAGCAGUAGAUGAUUUACCCAAGGUUGCUUCUAAAUUACUCAACUUAUACCGGACAGGAAGGCUUGGUCAUUAUUCCGUAGACUCUGUUCCAAGCAAACACUGGUAGCGGCAUUGAACAACUGAACAUGGAGGUGCGACAGUUGGCUGUAUCUGUGCGCCAGUGGUUGAUUUACAAAUUACAAUUGCUAUGUUUAUCUUGUUUUUAGAAAUAUGUAAGUAAAACUAAUUUUUUAUGUAUUUUGCAUGUAAUAAGUGUAACUAAUCCUUGCAAAGUGUAACUAAUAGUGGCAAGACCAUGGCUAAAUGAAAGUAUGAAAUUGUUACAUACAUAAAAAUAGCAAUUAUGUGUCAUGGCCCAAACAUUGUUACUACAUAGAGUACUAUUGUAUGACAACUUUUCAUGUCCAGCCGGUCUGACGGGAACCGCCGUCCGGCCGAGGGCAUUUCGGGC